GGUAGCUUUCCAACCAGUGAGUUGGGUUGCUCUGUUUAGUUCUCUACAGUACAUAAGAGAAUUCUCCCAGGCCCAUUCGUCUUCAGCUUCGUUUUCUUCCCCCAUUCACACACUUUCGCCGACUGAGCGACGACAACGACGAAUCAUCACUAACACACUGGGCUAUAUUUGCUCAAGGGUAGUGGUGUGCAUUCUCGACGGAGACUUUUUUUUCUCUCCCUCUAAAACCAAACUUAGAACAUCAUCGUCGCUGCUUAACUGUAGUUGAUUUCUACACAUUUCUCAAACUCACAUAGCCGCAAUGGCUCGACCCCAAAAUUCGUGGGCCUUGAGCUUUGGCUUGAUCGCUUGGAUCGGCCUGCUCUUCUGCGCUCCUCUUUUCUUCGCCGGCUCUGCCCACGCAGAUGAUGUCUCAGAAUAUGGAACUGUUAUCGGUAUCGAUUUGGGUACUACCUACUCUUGCGUUGGUGUCAUGAAGGGAGGCAAGGUUGAUAUCCUCGUCAACGACCAAGGAAACCGUAUCACCCCGUCAUAUGUCGCCUUCACCGAGGAUGAGAGAUUGGUCGGAGAUGCUGCCAAGCAGCAGUUUGCCGCCAACCCCACCAACACCAUCUUCGAUAUCAAGCGUCUCAUUGGCCGCAAGUACUCCGAGAAGACUCUCCAAGACGACAUCAAGCACCUUCCUUACACCGUCAAGAACAAGGAUGGCAAGCCCGUCGUUCAGGUCAAGGUCAAUGGUGCCGACAAGGUUUUCACCCCCGAAGAAAUCUCUGCCGUCGUUCUCGGCAAAAUGAAGGAGGUUGCCGAGUCUUACCUGGGCAAGAAGAUCACCCACGCCGUCGUCACUGUCCCCGCCUACUUCAACGACAACCAGCGCCAGGCCACCAAGGAUGCCGGUAUCAUCGCCGGUCUCAACGUCCUCCGUAUCGUCAACGAGCCCACUGCGGCUGCCAUUGCCUACGGUCUUGACAAGGUCGACGAGGAGCGCCACAUCAUUGUCUACGAUCUCGGUGGUGGUACUUUCGAUGUCUCCCUGCUCUCUAUCGACCAGGGUGUUUUCGAGGUUUUGGCUACUGCCGGUGACACUCAUCUCGGUGGUGAGGAUUUCGACCAGCGUAUCAUCAACCACCUCGCCAAGACCUACAACAAGAAGAACGGCGUUGAUAUCACCAAGGAUGUCAAGGCCAUGAGCAAGCUCAAGCGCGAGGCCGAGAAGGCCAAGCGUACUCUCUCUUCCCAGAUGUCCACCCGCAUUGAGAUCGAGGCUUUCUUCGAGGGCAACGACUUCUCUGAGACUCUUACCCGAGCCAAGUUUGAGGAGCUCAACAUCGAGCUUUUCAAGCGCACCCUCAAGCCCGUUAAGCAGGUUCUCGACGACGCCAAGCUUAAGAAGGAUGAGAUCGACGACAUCGUUCUUGUUGGUGGUUCCACCCGUAUCCCCAAGGUUCAAUCUCUUCUCCAGGACUUCUUCAACGGCAAGCCAUUGGCCAAGGGUAUCAACCCUGAUGAGGCUGUCGCUUUCGGUGCUGCCGUUCAGGCUGGUAUCCUCUCCAACGAGGAGGGCACUGGUGAUGUUGUCCUCAUGGACGUCAACCCUUUGACUCUUGGUAUUGAAACCACCGGUGGUGUCAUGACUAAGCUGAUCCCCCGUAACACUCCCAUCCCCACUCGCAAGAGCCAGAUCUUCUCGACUGCUGCCGACAACCAGCCCGUCGUUCUGAUCCAGGUCUUCGAGGGUGAGCGUUCCAUGACCAAGGACAACAACCUUCUUGGCAAGUUCGAGCUUACCAACAUCCCCCCCGCCCCUCGUGGUGUUCCCCAAAUUGAGGUCUCCUUCGAGCUUGAUGCCAACGGUAUCCUCAAGGUUUCUGCCCACGACAAGGGAACUGGCAAGACUGAGUCCAUCACUAUUACUAACGACAAGGGUCGUCUUACUCCUGAAGAAAUUGAGCGCAUGGUUGCCGAGGCCGAGAAGUAUGCUGAGGAAGACAAGGCCACCCGUGAGCGCAUUGAGGCUCGUAACGGUCUUGAGAACUACGCCUUCAACUUGAAGAACCAGGUCAACGAUGAGGAGGGUCUCGGUGGCAAGAUCGAUGAGGAGGAGAAGGAGACCAUUCUUGACGCCGUCAAGGAGACCACCGACUGGCUCGAGGAGAACGUUGGCACCGCCACCGCUGAGGACUUCGAGGAGCAGAAGGAGAAGCUUUCUAACGUUGCCUACCCCAUCACAUCCAAGAUGUACCAGGGUGCAGGUGGCGAGGACGGUGGUGACUUUGAUCACGAUGAGUUGUAAAACAUGCAUAGCAGGCGCAUCACAUGUUGAAAUUCCUAGAUUUGAGUUGUUACUAGCAUACCCCACCAGAUACACAAGCAAUAAAAAAAAUAAAGAAACUUAAUAAAAUUGAAA